AAGAAACUCCGCUGCACCAACCGGGUCCAUUCUCCUGCCUUCCUAUGAAGUAAAACCUCUACUGGCUGUCCAUGGCAGCUCUGUGGACUUCCUGCUUCACGCGGAUUUUGCGUUGACCAGUUCUGUUAUUUUUAUUAUUUUUACCGUGUUAUUGAGUACUACCGGUCUCCAAAUCAACCAACUGCUACUUCUGUUGCUGCAAACUCUUUGCGAAUUUGUAGUUAUUAUGUCGUUGUUUAUGUUGUGUAAUUGGAUGGCCCUCAAAUUGCCCUUUUGUCAUUUCUUGUUGCUGCUAACUCUUUGUGAGGCCUCAAUUCUUCUAGGUUGAUCACCCGUUGUGUGACUGGCAGAUCCCAAGGUUCCCAUCCUCAUUUUCUCUGUUGCCAAUUCUUCCCUGGAACGUUUAUUCCUCUGGUGUUGUUAAUCAACUUCUUGGGGGGAAAUGGCAGAAUGGUUGGUGACCACUCUGUUAGAGAAACUGGGCCCUUUGAUCGAAGAAGAGAUUAGACUUCUGUGUAUGGUGAACGACGAGCUUGACAAGCUAAAGGGUGAGCUCGAAACCAUUCAUGAAGUCCUUGUCGAUGCAGAAAAGAGGCAGUUUUCUACCGACGGCCUGAAAUUGUGGCUCGAGAAGCUGAAAGAUGCAGCAUACGAUGCCGAGGAUGUGAUCGACAUCUUCAGAGCUCGAGCUCAACGCAGCAGGACGACAGCAACGCCGGUAUGCAAGACGAUCCUCAGUUUCAUUAAGCAAGUUAUUAUUCGGCAUGACAUUGGCAAUAGAAUUAAGGAUAUCAAGCAAAGGCUGGAUGAUAUCUCCAAGGAAAAAGAGAGAUACAAUCUCCAUAAAUACCAGAGAUCUGUUGAAACUGGAGCUAUUAACAGAAAUAACCGGCAGACGACGGCUGCCAUGAUCGAGGCGGAGAUAGUCGGCCGGAUCGAUGAUGGAAAAACGGUUGUCGAUUGGUUGGUGAAGGAGUUGGAUGGGAGUGAUGGAAGCUUACCUGUCGUCUCCAUUGUUGGGAUGGGAGGACUAGGGAAGACCACCCUUGCCCAAAAGGUCUUUGGGGAUAUCGAAGUGCAGAGACAUUUCGACAAGCGGGUGUGGUGGUUAUGCGUUUCUGAGAAGCCCAACAAAGCCUGGUUGGCUGCAAAGAUACUGGAAGCAAUCAAGAUGGAGACCAACAACUACAACCAAGAUACUGCACUUAACACUCUCCACACGGAGAUAAGUUCGUGCAUAAAAGGAAACAGGUUCUUGCUUGUGCUCGAUGAUGUAUGGGAUCUUGAUUGGUGGGAAGGUCUGAAGGCGACGCUGCAGGGGGCGGAGCCCGGAAGUAGAAUUCUGGUGACCACAAGGAAAAUUGAAAUUUCUGGAAGAAUGAGCUCAAUUUAUGCACACCCUUUGGAUGUUCUGACUCCUAAACAAAGCUGGUCGCUGUUUCUUAACAAGGCACUGAAAAAGGAUGAAGAGGAAAGGGAUUUGCAGAGUGUGAGGGACAUAGCGGAGACUCUGGUUGAGAGGUGCAAGGGUCUCCCUCUUGCAAUAAAGACCUUGGGGACGGUCAUGUUCUUGAAGAGAAGAACAAGGGAAGACUGGGAUGCAGUACUUAAUAGCCUGUUCUGGAGUUGGAAGCCUGCAGAUCCUAACCAUGAGGCCCUGUUCCCAGUUCUCUUGUUAAGUUACAAUGAUUUGCCUUCUUACCUCAAGCCAUGUUUCGUGUACUGCUCCAUCUUCCCUAAGGACUUUGAGUUCGAAAAAAAUCAUAUUGUUAGGUUGUGGAUGGCUGAAGGCUAUAUUUCAGAGACCGCAGGAGAGAUGGAGGCAAGUGCAGAUGAAUAUGUGGAAGAAUUAGCUGGCCGAUCCCUGGUCCAAGUUGAGAAGACAGACAGCAUAAAUGGGGAGAUUGUUCGAUUCAAGGUGCAUGACAUUGUUCACGACCUCGCACUCAGCAUUGCAGGAAAAGAGUAUUCAUCAUCAUCAAACACAGACACCAAUACAAGGAUCUUAUCAUUGGUAGGUGCUGAGGAGAACCUGAUUGAAGGUUUGCAGAAACAGAAAAGAAGCAAAUUGCGCACACUUUUGGGCCCUAAGGGAAGAGAAAUCCCCCGGAACCUCACCACAAAUUUUUUGCAUCUGAGGGUUCUAGACUUGGGGGGAACAAAUGUAACAGAGAUACCGGAGUCAAUUGGAGAAUUGCUACUUCUAAAGUAUCUUAAGGCCUCUAGAGAUACAAAGUCAUUGCCUGAGACAAUUGGAAAAUUGUGCAAUCUACAGACCCUAGACCUCUUUGGGACUCAAAUAAGCAGCAUUCCUGUUGGUAUCCUGAAGCUUAAAGGCUUGAGACACCUUGACUUGGACAAUACAAGACAUUUGAAACAUCUCCCUGCUGGACUUGGGGAGCUGACCAGUCUAAGAACCUUGACUCAAUUCAUCCUAGGCCGUGCAGGUACUGAACAUGAAGCCAAUAUUGCAGAGCUGAAGAAAUUGAACAACUUGAGGGGAAACCUGGCCAUAUACUUCUUCCUAAGAAUCAAGAAUAAACAGGAAGCUGAAGAAGCCAAUCUUAAAGGCAAAAGCCAUCUCAGAUCCCUGAAAUUGGUUGGAGAGAAGAGCUUAGACGUCACCGAAGGCCAGCUUGGAUCACUGCUUCCACCCGAACAGCUAGAAAUCUUGGAGGUGGUUGAUUACAGAGGAAAAAGCUUCCCUAUUUCGUGGUUUUCCAACUUGAACUUCCCCUGCCUAAAAAAGCUUAAACUUGACUCCUUGCCAUUCUUGGAACAACUUCCAUCGUUAGGAUUUCUACCAGUUUUACAAAGCCUCCGAAUUACUGAUGCCGAUAAGGUGGUGAAGGUAGACGAAAGUUUCACUGGUAGGAAAAAGGGAGGCUUUGAGAAGCUGACACAACUAACUUUUGAAAGGAUGAAUGUAUGGGAGGAGUGGGUGAUGGAGAUGGAACAGGAAGCUAUGCGGUUAAUCCUGAAACUAAGUUUGAUAGGCUGCCUAAAAUUGAAUAAGUUGCCUCACUUGCCUUCACUCAAGCAACUGACCAUCAUAGACUGCGAAGACCUGAACCAGUUGCCAGACUUGUUAUCUCUGUCAGUUUUAGAGAUGAGGAACUGUAAGAACUUGACCUCACUCCCAGACCUUCCUUCUCUCAGAACGUUGGUUAUCAGAUACUGUGACGGCCUUACGGAGCUACCACAACUACAGACUCUACAAGAGUUAAUAAUAUAUAGAUGCAGAAACCUGUCUUGUGUGCCAGAAUUGCAGGCACUCAAGUGCUUGGAUAUCAGGUUCUGUGACCAACUUGAAAGUUUGCCAAGCAUGCCUUCCCUAAAAGAAUUGUACGCAGAGAAUUGCCCCGAGCUAACAGACCUCCCACGCUUGCCAAGUCUCGUUCAAAUGGAAAUAACGUAUUUUCCCAAGCUGGCGUUGGUCCCCAGCAUGCCUUCCUUGAAGAUGCUAUAUUUCAUCUACUGCAGGAUGCUGAAGGAAUUGCCUAAUCAGCCUGUGCUGAAGGAGCUUUCAGUAAUCAAUUGUCCAGAAUUGGAGACGCUCCCACACUUCCCUCGCCUGAAGAAACUGGCUGCGUCAAAGUGCCCUCGGUUACAGACGUUAUGGCCGCUUGGGGAAGCGCCCAUCGAGCUGCAGAGGCUUGCCAUCGAUGACUGUCCGGCGAUCAGCGCUCUGCCUGAUGAGAUUGAAGGUCUAGAGAGGCUCAAGUCGCUCAACAUCAAAGCCUGCCCCUUGCUAGAGGGAUGGUGCAAAGCACAAGAGCAUCUCAGUAAGAUCUCUCACAUCCCCACCAUGCAUAUUAGGAGGGAUGACUCUUCUUUGCUGGACUAAUGUGCGUCAGUCCCUGCAACUGCAAUUCCCUCUCUCUCUCUCUCGCGCGCGGGGGGGCACUUUGGGCUUCUCCUCUUGGCGACUCCUGGGUCCCUUUCAAGGGGUAAUCUCUACUUGUUUUCAGGUUUUCUAUUACAGUAAGAACCUUUUUAUUACAGUAAGAAUGUGAGCAGACAAUACUUACUACACCUCCUUUAACUACUGUUUCCUUCCACUACUGUUGCUAUUGCUAUUGGUCUUUGUCUGGGAGCAAGAUGGCAAAUCUAAUGAUACACUAGCAUUUUCAUGUUUGAAGCAGAACCAAUUUGGCGCAGAUGCGAGAGUUCGCCCAGUAAAAGUUCACAAGCUGACCCAAUUACCAGUUACCACUUGCAAUGUCGACUUUUGGCUACUCCGACGCGUGUAAUAUAUUACCGGUCGCAUUUGAUAGCGUCGAAUCUGUUUUAAACAUCGCAUCGAAGUGAUUUGAGAUUGAUAAGAAUCUGCAUAUCUUAAGAUCAGACAUCAAAUUUAAGGUUUUCACCAUCAGAUCUGUGUUGAUUUACGAGUCUUACAUGAAGGGAAUUUUAGAUCAGCCCGGCUCUCACACACACCCAAUAAGAGUCCAGGUUCAGGAGAGAGAAUCCCUGCCCGACUACCAUGAUUUUUAAGUUCCGGACGCGGCUCUAAUGAACCGGUAGACAGCGCAAAAAU